GCCACUAAACCUCGACGCGCUUAUCCUCGUGCGGUGGAGAUCACGCUCCCCCCCACACUGACCUCUCCUUCGGUAUCCAUGGGUUCAAUUAAUCGAUGGCAUGUGUCAAUCUAGCUGCGGUUACGUUCCUCCUGUUGAAAGCGAUCGAUCACGUGAAAAUUGCUCGAUUUACCUCAUCAGCUCAACUGGCUGGCGCCUUGAGAUUUUUUUCGAGAUUUUAUACUUGCUUUGUAGCCUUGUGAGUGGAGCUGAAAUCUCUGCCACAAAUCCGCAAUUCCUAACAUUUUAAUUGCUUUUAAUCCUUCGUGUUUAUUACUUUGUUUGCAUUCCUCGUCGUAUUCGUUAGCGCCAUAGCAAAAACAACAGAUCUUGCUGCUCUUUCUGUCUCUACCUGUUCAACAGCUUUAUCUGAUUUUCUUUGUGAUUAUCGAGCGUGAAGAUUGCUAAAAAUUCCUCUUGUUUUCCAGCAAGCAUAGUUUGAUCCUCGCAUCCUGUGAACGAAUCCGUGAUAACUUGCGUGUGUUCCUGUAUAUGUUAUGUAUAUAUAGAUAUUUUGAAGUUAGAUUUGAGUAGUUAGUUAUUAAUGGAGCUGAAGUUCCUUAUCCCAAAGUCAUCGCCUGCUGGCGCAGACACGACGCUGUCAAAUCCUUUUGUUAACUCAAAUUACAGAGUGAAAGUCCGGCAGCAGUUUCGUUCCUGCAGAGGAUCUUCUGCAGGCAGUAACUUCCCAAGAGCUUCAUAUUCAAGUGAGUCCGGGGGCGGCACAAGUUCAGUCAGCCAACAAGAUCUUCUAGACUCCAUUUCCUAUCAGCUCAACAGAACUAACGGUUCGAGUUCAGGUCUGUUCUUCAAAACAGCCAAAGUCCUUGAUGCACUUGAAGAUGAGUAUGAAGGUGUAGUCAUAAAUACUGCGUCGCUACCAUCCAAUCCGAGCAUUUUUGCCUCUGUUCUUCGAUCAUCUAUAUUCCAGUGGAAAAUUAAGGGGAAGAAGGGAGUCUGGCUGAAGCUGCCGCUGGAAAGAUCUGAUCUCGUCCCCAUAGCUGUACAGGAAGGAUUUCAGUACCAUCACGCCGAGAGAUUGUAUGUCAUGAUGACAUAUUGGAUCCCGGAUGGACCUUGCCUUCUUCCUCCGAAUGCUUCUCACCAUGUUGGUGUUGGUUCUUUCGUGAUCAAUGAUAAAGACGAGGUUCUUGUUGUACAAGAAAAGCAAUGUGUCCCGCCUCUCUUAGGUCUCUGGAAAAUUCCUACCGGAUUCAUUAAUGAGACCGAAGAAAUCUGCACGGGAGCUGUGCGAGAAGUGAAAGAAGAAACAGGAAUUGACUCUGAAUUCGUCGAGGUUGUCGCUUUUAGGCACGCCUGCAACGUCUCUUUUGACAAGGCUGAUCUGUUCUUCAUCUGUAUGUUGCGCCCUCUGUCGACUGAAAUCUUGAUCGAUGAUCUUGAAAUUCAAGCUGCCAAGUGGAUGCCUCUGGAGGAGUUCAUAAAACAACCCUUGAUCCGAGGAGACGCCAUGUUCAAGAAAAUCGUGGAAAUAUGCAUGGCCCGGCUCGGACAGCGCUACUGUGGAUUGUCGGAGUAUCGAGUGUUUUCGAGAUUCGACGGAAAGAUGUCGUCCCUGUACUUCAACUUAGUUGAAGAUGAUCCUGCCUCCAAUUGCCAGGCCAGUUGAUCAGACACACUACUUGCUGCUCUUACUGCUUGCUAAUCGUCAGAUUCAUACAUAUAAAUAUCAUUUGACUGUAAUAUUUUUAAGUGUUGGUAUAAAUAUGAGUGUAUAUUGUAUAUUGUAUAAUGUAUAUAGACGUUGUGCUUAAUUAACAAGUUGUACCUGGUAUACACAAUAAGGGGUAUAUUUGUAAUUUAAAUAAAAAUUUAUU